AUGAGUAAUUCAACUCCUUGGAUUCCUUUUUUCCAACGCUGUAUUAAGAUUUUUCAAGAGAUCAACACUCAUUUGACUUUUUUGUCAUCUCACUCACGUGGUGUCAUCCCGUCAUUAGAACUAUUGCAGAAAUUAAAUAACUCCAUAACUCCCUUAGACCUAGCCGUUAUUAAAUACCUAUUUCCCGAAGAUGAAAUAUUUUAUGAUUAUGUUGAUGAAAACCAAGUAAUGUUGUCCUUUAUUGAGGAGGUGAAAGUGGACCAUACUGGAUAUCAUCAAACCCCCAUUGCAGAUAAAUAUGAUGAACAGACGCGUCAUUCAAAGCAAAUAUUAAUUUUCUCCUUUCAAGAUGCCAAAGUGCAUGGAAUAGGGAAAAUGAGGAAGUCUAAUAAUAGAAAAAGGUUAAAAAAUGAUUCAGGAGAUUACAAAUCUGAUCAAAGAAGCAGGCUUUUCUUGGACGAUAACAGAUUUCAGUUGCAACCUUUAAGUCAAUCACAAUUGAGUAGCAUGAUAAGAAGUAGAAAUGACAAAUUCGCUCAGUUGUUGGAAAGAUUUGUUGGCAGAUACGAAAACCAAGAAUUAGCGAAAAAGAAUCUCUUGAAGAAAGCAGCUGUGUUGAUUCCCCAGGAGCCUGAUCUACAAGAUAUGGUGGAAGCAUUGCGAGAAAGGAAAAGCGUUACUCCAGAUUCGGGGCAUACUUUGUCUACAGGCGAAAUGAUUGAAAUACUAGAAAAUUCAAAGUUUUACUGCAACCAAAUAGCUUCAACACAGUUACUAAACAUGAACCGUCCUGCAGAUCUUAGGAAACUAACAACUGAGACUUCUCUGUAUGUGCACCCGGAUCUCAAAGACGUAUUACUCAAAACUAAAAACAUUUCUUUAGAGGAUGGGUUGUAUUCACACCAGGCAAUUGCUUUGGAAACAUUAUUGAGUCCUGAAAACAAGUCUCAUGUUAUAGUAAGCACUCUGACAGCAUCUGGGAAAUCUUUAAUUUAUCAGAUUCCUGUUUUGAAUUCAAUUUUAUGGGAUAUUGCUAGUGGAUUGAAGGGAAGACACAGUACCGCCUUUUUCAUUUUCCCUACAAAGGCUUUAGCUCAAGACCAGAUAAGACAUUUUCGAGAAUUUUUAACGCACUUGCCAACCACCUCAAGUCGUCCAAUUAUCGUCAACACAUAUGAUGGAGAUACACCUUUCAAAGAAAGAGACAAAAUCUCUAAGGAGUCCGAUAUAAUCUUUACCAAUCCCGAUACAAUACAUGCGUCCAUUCUUCCUAACCAUAGCUUUAACAACUGGAAAGAAUUUCUUAGUGCCUUGAAAUUUGUUGUUAUGGACGAAUUGCAUGUAUAUAAAGGCACUUUUGGGGUCAAUGUUGGUUUUGUUAUGGGACGAUUAUCAAGGAUAAAAGAUUUGCUACUGAGAGACGAUUCUAUUCAAUACAUUUCAUGUUCUGCCACAAUCCAAAACCCUGUGUCUCACUUUAAAACUGUAUGCUCAUUGCCAGAAAAUGAUUCGAUAGUUCAUGUGGACAAGGAUGGUAGUCCAUGUUGCGAAAAAAAGUUGAUAGUUUGGAACCCGCCACCAUUGAUGAACCAACGUGGCCAGAAGAAAGAUAUAACUGAUAAAUAUAUUCCUCGAGUAGGCAUGAUUUCCGAGCUGGCCAAGUUGCUAGUAAACUUGGUAACUGCGAAUGACAGUUUAAAAAUAAUAGUCUUUUGCCCUAUAAGAGUUGUGUGUGAAAUGUUGAUGAAAGAGGUGCGUCAUUUGUUGCAAAAUUCAUUUAAGAACUCUGGAAUAACUCAGAGUGAUAUUAUGGCUUACAGAGGAGGGUAUAGUAAGACUGAUAGAAGGAUCAUUGAACAGAAAAUGUUUAAUGGGCAGCUUCGAGCUAUUGUGGCAACAAAUGCUUUGGAAUUGGGCAUUGAUUUGUCUCAUUUGGAUGUGGUCAUCACUUGUGGAUUUCCUAUGCUGAAACUGAACCUACAUCAGCAGUUUGGAAGAGCUGGCCGAAGAAAAAACGCAAAUGGCAGUUUGGCGAUAUUUGUUCCAGGGAAAAAUCCAAUAGACCAAUAUUAUUUAGAAAACCCACAUGAGUUAUUGGGGAACAAUUAUGAGGAUUUAUGUGUCCUGGGGAUCAGAGAUAUGGAAUGCGGUAAAAUGAUUCUAGAAAGACAUUUGCAAUGUGCCGCGUAUGAAGAACCUAUUGAAUUAGAUGACAAAAAAUGGCUUAUGCCUGGCGGUUCUAACAAGGACUUUGAAGAUAUUUUGAAAACUAAUUUGAUUUUGGAUAUUGAUGGGAAAUUCAAAACUAAUCCAAAGUAUUAUCCAAAGCCACAUAAAAUUGUACUGAUACGGGCGGUUGAAGAACCUGCAUUUGCCGUUGUUGAUAUCACCAACAACAGAAACAUUGUCAUUGAGGAAAUCGAGUUUCUGAGAACCACAUUUACCUUAUAUGAGGGCGGAAUAUUUCUUCAUCAGGGGCAACCCUAUCUUAUCAAAGAGUUUAACGACAAAGAAUUUUAUGCAAAAGUGGAAAGAGUCAAUGUUGAUUGGACAACGCUGCAGAGAGAUUAUACUGAUAUUGAUCCAGAAGAAGUGGAGGUUGUGAAACCACUUUAUCCAAUAGAUGCAACUAAAGCAUUGGAUAUUCCAGUUUUCUCAGGGAAAGUGAAAAUCACCAUGAAGGUGUUUGGAUUCUUUAAAGUGAAUAGGCGUGAGGAAAUAUUAGAAGUUGUUGAAGUGAAAAACCCUCCAGUUAUAGCUUUUUCGAAAGGUUUCUGGUUGAAUGUGCCUCAGGGGGCUAUAGAAAUUGUAAAGGAAAAGAAGCUUUCGCCUGCUGGUGGAAUUCACGCAGCUUCUCAUGCUAUAAUGAACAUGCUACCUGUGUAUAUCAAUGGAUGUUCAGAAAAUGGUAGAGACGUUGGUGACACAGAAUUGUCAACUGAAUGUAAAUCACCAGCAAAAGAGUUUUCAACAAGGCAAAGUCGCAGAGUAAGACCGGCAAGAUUGGUAUUUUAUGACACCAAAGGAGGGCCAUGUGGAACUGGUUUAUCCUACAAAUGUUUUGAAUGCAUAGAUGAAGUGAUCAAGGCCACGUUUACGCGAGUUAGAAAGUGCAAGUGUGUAUGGGGGUGUCCUUUAUGUGUGGUUUCUAGUGCGUGCAAGGAGCAAAUGAGGGUUCUGUCACGGCCGGCUGCGUUGUUGAUUUUGGCAUCAUUUCUAGGAAUGGAUCUAUCUCUGCUCAAAGAUGAGUUACCAACAGGUCCAGAACCUGGUAUUCCAGAAUUGGAAACAGAGACUAUAAUGUAUGCGGAUGCAACUGUUCGAUUUUCGCCAAAUGUUCAGAUUUUGAAUGUUCUACGUACACAUACUUAG